UUAAAGUUUGAACUAUCAUUAUAAUUUCUUCUAUCUCUGUGUGUGUGUGACUGCAUUAUGUGUAAAUGUGUAUUAUCGUUCAUUUGCACAAGAAGAUUAUUGUGUUGUUAGACAAAGUGCAUCUGUUUCAGUCUAUUCUUGUGGGAUUAGUUUCAGCCCACAAUGAGAUCAUUGCAUAAGAGUUAAGUUUUAAAAGAGGGAUGUGAACAUGCAAGUAGAUGUACAUUUAAAAGCUACAGAUGUGUUUGCUGCAUUAAUUUAAUGUCAUAAUUUUCUUAUUUGGUAGGGAAAACCUAAAAGGAUUAUAUUCAUUGCUAUGUCUGCAUGUAUAUGAUAUGAUAGUCACAUGCUCUAUGGUCCACCCCAGUUUGUAGCAUUACCUUUUAAGGUAGUACUGUGUUUGAACAAGAUGGCAGUGGCAGCUAACCCAGCCGGGACUAACCUCAGUUUUGAGACAGACUUCAAAGAUCAUCUAGAUACAAGGGAACUUAUAUUUGAUGACUUAAGAGCUCAUCAGUGUAGUGAUAGUGUCCUACUCAAACUGAGUAAAAAACUAGGUAACUGGGACACUGCUGGGUUGUACUUGAAGAUUGUAGCUGAUGAAAUCAAGGCCAUCAAAGUUGAUAAUAGCUCUGAAGAAAGUAGAAGAGUAGCUCUUUUAAACAAGUGGAAACAAAAGAAUGGAGAUGAUGCCACAUAUUACAAUCUCAUAUCUGGUUUAUGUGAUGCUGACAGAAUUGAUAUUGCUGACCAAGCACUAGACUGCUUGAUGAAAAAUAUGAUUGAGAUUAAGAAGGAGCAGGAGAAAGCGCGGCAAGAACAGGAAGAGCGGGAAAAGGAAGAAAGGCGGCAGCAGGAAAUACAACUAGAAUAUGAAAUGAAAGAAAAUUUUCUAACAAGAAUGAAAAGCAAACUGCGAUUGAAAUGUCUUGAUGUUCCAGAUCUUCAAAUGUAUCUGGGACAAGAAGACGUUAAUGAAGUUGCAGUCCAUAUUUCGAAGGAUUGGUACAAAUUUGGAAAAAUUAUGAAAGUUGAGGAGGGCAUAUUAGAUCAUAUUAAAGAAGUGGGGAAAGACAAACUGGAAAGAAAGAGGAAGCUAUUAGAACAUUUGAUUAGCAAAGAAGUUCGAUUUGAAGAUAUAAUUUAUGGGCUAUACGAUUCAGCCAAUGAGCAUGAUCCAUUUAUUAAUGGGAUACUAGAUUAUUUGUUCAGAAUCAGGAUUAAACAGCCAGAAGAAUCACCUGAUGGUCAGAAUCCAAAAACAAAUAAAAAGUGGAGUACCAGUUCAAAACUAGAGGAAAAACAGGGUCGAUCAUACAAAAAGCAAUAUCCAAUAUCAAGACCUCAUGAUCAGAGUUCAGCUCCAUAUCUUACUGUUUUCAUACCAGUCCCAUGGCAAGCAAAGUUUGACGUAAGACGAAAGAAGCAGCCUACAUCGUCACAGCUAAUACCACAAAGUCACUUAAAUGAUUUGACGCCUGAUAAUUACCGGGAGCAUUUCUAUAGUGCACUGUGGCUUGAAGAAGAUGAACAUAUUAAAAAGCUGUCAAGAAAGUGUGAUGGUGUAGAUUACAAGCUCACAAUAUAUGAUCCAAAAAAAGUCCCUCCUUUUCUUACUCAAAAUUCAUUUCAUAAGUAUAGAUAUGGUUAUAUUUCUGGCUUAUCCGAUGAUAAGAUCGAGUAUGCUACUCAAGCAAGUGAUAACGUCACAAUAUCACAACCAGAUAGCUCAACACGUUUAUGCAUAGCAUUUAAGCAUCACUACAAUUUCAACCACCUUGAAAAUCGCAUGUACAUAGUUGCUGAUCAUCCAUCUAACAGUUUGUUUGAAGCAAUAAAGAAUGGCACCGAAGUUAAAGAUGGGAGUGAGAUAAGAAUCUCUGCUGAGUUUACAGUGAAAUAUUCCUACUUUGAUCAUCUUCAUCAUGCUGUCGUCAAGGCUUCAGAGCAUGUCCUCAAGUGUCUGUUGCCUGAUGUUUUUUCUUUUGUUGAUCCUUUUCUUAGAUUUCAGCCUCAACAUUCUGAUUUUCGUUACAUGAAGCUAGAUAAAAAGCAUCAAUUAGAAGCUCUAGAGAUGAUUGCAUUUGAAUCUCCAUCUAUUGGCAAACCUCCUCCUCCAGUCAUUCUCUAUGGUCCGUUUGGUACUGGUAAAACUCGAAUCCUCGCUCGUGCUGCAUAUGAAGUGAUGAUGAAUGGUGUCAAUAAGAAUAAAUGUACCAGAAUAUUGAUUUCUGCUCACCACGAAAUAUCAAUUACAACCUUCAUUACUGCUUACUUUGGUGUAAUUGAGAAAAAAAUUCGUCCGCUUCCUUUUAAGGUGAUUUUAAUUACCAAACAAAAAAAUUAUGGAGUUUAUGCCGACAUGUAUAUGACACCAGAUGAGUUUUCCAAGAAAAGUGCUGACAUAAGCACAAUGCCUCAUGUCAUCAUAAUCGCUACAUACACCACAUCUCUAAAACUCCACCAAUACCUCUGCUCUCCCGAAGGUUUCUUCACGCACCUUUUUCUCGAUGAAGCAGCUCAGGUCCGUGAGCCUGAAGCUAUCACACCACUUGCUCUAGCUACUAAAGAUGCUAAAAUAGUCCUAGCAGGUGAUACCCAGCAGGUCGGCCCUAAUAUAUUGGUACUGGGAGAAGAAGCCAAGAAAUUUGGGCUCAAUGUUUCCUUGUUGCAGCGUUUGUUGGGGAAAUAUGAAGAGAUUGGUUCAGGAGCAACACGUUAUGUCACUAAAUUGUCAGUGAAUUACCGAUCACAUAAUUCAUUGAUAGAGUUGCCAAACCUAUUCUAUGAGAAUUUGGAGAUAAAUCCCGACAAGGAAUUUCAGAAAUGCAGUGGCCCUACUGGCUACAGAUUUGUGUCUGCUAACUCAAGGUUGGUUGAGCAUUAUGAUGAUCCAGACCAGCAAGGGGUCGAGGCACGCAUUGUCUUAGAACAGGUUCGAAAAUAUCUGGACAAGAUGAAACAAAUAAAUCCCAAAUUUAAUCCUCGACAUGACGUUUGUAUUAUCACAUCAACAAGGAAGCAGUUGAAUCGUAUCAGAAGCAUGGCCUUUGAUUAUGACAAAUAUGAGACAGUGAGAAAAGUUAGCUUUAAACCUUCUUUUAUGAUACAAGGUCAUGAGUUUCAAGCUAUCUUUUUAAGUCUGUUUGAACUGGUAGGAGAUGAUGAAAUGAAUGCCUCUUAUAUUAAGAGUCUGUUCAAUCCUUAUGUCUUUAAUACUGUCAUAACAAGGGCCAAGUUUCAUGUGGUUGCAAUUGGAAGUCCAGAAGAAGUUAAGCAGUUUGAGCUUGACACACUCUCUCAUCCUGACCGUGGUGGCAAUACUACAAAAUGCUGGCAUGAAUAUUUGAAAUUAUGUGAGAAGCAAAGAACUAUUUCAAAUGAAAGGAAAAGUGCUGAGAAACCUAUGCGAUCUGUUUCUAAUAAUGUACAUAUAGAUGAAUCAUCAAAAAAAGAUGCAGUACCAGAAGCUGAAACAAAAGUUCAAUGCAAGCUUGAAAAUGUGUUACAAGAUGGUGAUCGAAGUCAAAAAUCAGACAUACAUGUAGAUCUAAUACGACCAGAAGAGCCUAUAGCUACUGUAGCUUCAAGGCAGCUGUCUUCUAUGAGUUCCAUUGAUGGACAACUUAAAGAGAUAGAAACAAAACAAAUGGAGUUGCUGAGAGAAGAGAACGCACUGUUAAGAGAAAAAAUAAAGAGUCUUGAGGAAGAACUUGAAAAAGAAAAAAGGAAAAAUUACAAAAAUAAAGACAACAAGAAAUAAAGCUUGUUUUAUCACUUGACUUUUAUGCAUUGUUUUAUUUAUUAAAAGAUCAGUGGUACAAUAUAGAUCUAUAAUAUCUCCGCCCAGUUACAAAUCAAAAAACAUGGAGGCAGCUAAAGAUUUAUUAAAAAGAGCUGUUGAGCUUGAUAAAUCAGAGAAAUAUUCAGAAGCUUUAAUAUGCUACGAGGAAGGAAUACAAAACCUACUGAGAGCAAUGGAAGGAAGACCUGAGGCUGAAGUUAAAGAUAUAAGAAAAAGAGCUGAGAGUUAUCUUGCUCGUGCAGAAGAAAUAAAGAAAAGAG